AUGGUCCGGAGUGAAAGCCUUCAGGAUCGCGGCCGACUUUGGCGAAGUUCUGGCGCCUCCGCGCUCGGCCGAGAGAGGCACGCGGCCCGGCGGGGAAGGAAGCGAGGAGCGCCGUGGCGCGCUGCCCGCCUCUCCCGCCUCGUGCGCCUGUGCCCGGCUCCCUCGGGCGCGCAGGCUCCGGUGGCCCCCCUCGCUCUCUCCCGCCCUCGCCUGUGCCCCGUCCGGGGUGGACGCGGGAGGGGGGCAGCGUGACGCUUCUCCGAAAGCCGCGGAGAUUGGAGGCCUCCGUGGGGGCGGUCCUGGUGCCUUUAAUCUUCCCCUCCAUUGAGGAUUAUUGGAGAGCAUUAAUCUGCCAGCCGUAGGGACGGACGCGCCGGAGCGACAGCCGCGGGAUUGCCGAGCGAGCGCUGCAAACCGACAAGUUUGGCCGGCGCGGGACACGACCUGGACUGCAGGACCGGCACGUAAGUCUCACGGAGCGGAUCGGGAGGGACGGGGUGGAUCUACAAGCCACGGGUGCCUCACCUUUCUCCCGUUGCUAUUUAUAAAAGCCGCUAUUCGGUGCACCCGGGGUCGGGUCGGGUGGGCCAGCGCCUCGGCGGUGCGUUUCCAAAGGAACGUUACAACUUUACGCAGCGGCGCUUUGCGAGCUUCCUCGCCGCUAGUCCCCGGCGGCCCCCGCCAGACCUUCGAGAUGUCUUUAAAUAGGGUUUCAUCUUCGCUUUAUUUUACUACAACGGCUAAUACUUGCGUGGGUUGGGCUUACCGUGUCUUUGACGUACUCGCAGGAGUUCAGCGACGGAAGGAAUCUUUCUGGACCGGACUGCUGGCAGGUAUAUCGUUGCAACGAGGAGCAAAUCUUGCCAUCAGCUCGCUCCUUCCCUCCGCCUCGGUUCAGAAUAGGGGUUAUAGUCUGUGGGGAGCGGAUGUCUGGAAGAGCCCCCGCUGGGUCUUCUCUGGUCUCCUUUGGUGACCUUCUGUUGCUCCUUGCCGUGCCAAAUAGUUGUUUUUAUUUCUCUGGGUCUUAAAAAAAAUGUUUUAGGUAUUCAAAUACUGCCUUUCAUAUGGUAUCCCAAGGCAGUGCACAAUGGAAAAAAAGUACACUUUCUCUCUACCAAAACUUUUUCUAGUUUUACUUUCAGCUUUUCCACCAUUUUUUCUCAGCAUCACAGACCUGGGCUAAGAAACACCUAACUUUUCUGAGAAAAAGAGACCGUUGUAACUAGCCUCAAACUUAGUUAAUAAUACAGUUACCGGUAAUAUAUUUCUGCGGUGUCUAAUAUAUUUUUGAGGUGUUAGAUUACAGUAGAAAAUGAAGAUGGAAAGAGCCAUGCUUGUUUCAUCUCUAGCAUAUGAGAUUUGACAACCUGGUACUAUGACAAUGGAAAGGUCCCGAGAUCAGAGAGUAACAGUACUUUGUUCUUUGCAUCAUCUUGAGACAAUUCUGCACCCACACCAUUCCUCACACAGGGCAUGAUCACAUCUAUCUGCAGCCCAAAUCAUCAGUGCAUCUCUGUUGUGCAGCUUGACCCACAGGCACCAUCUGUUUGCACCAGUCCCCCUGUCAUCUCCAGGUGAUAUAAUGCCCUAGGAAGAGAAAAAUAUCUCAGGGUUCUCAGUUAUAAACAUUACUACUUAGGCCACAAACUUUCCAAAUUUGUGUUUUCUCUAAGAAAUAGAAAACACUCUUGUCCUCUGGGCUCAGAAAGCAGAAUGGCCAGUGAUGGUUUUGAGGAUAUUUUUGUGGGUUUUGCCUCUGGUGCCUCUGUAGGAGCAAUGGUGGGGCUUCUCUGCAGUCAGAGGAGGAUUGCCAUUUUACCUUUUCUGGUAGCCACUUUAGUACAGUUUUUAGAAGGCUGAAGGGGGGAGGCCAUAAUUUGGCGAAAACUGAAGGAAGUCAGGAGAGAGAAUUUCAUUAAGGGCCCCCCUACCUCUCUUCCCAUUUCAUACUGAAGUGACAAGAAUUGGACUAGGUUACCUCUGGAGGUUCCUUCCAGGUGUAGCUAAGAGACAGUGCUGGGAUAUUUUCAGCAACUCUCACCAGACUGCCUUUGUCUCAGUAUCAGAAUAAUGUUAUCAGUCUGCAUUACAGGAUUGUUGUACGCAGGGCUUUUUUUCCAGCCAGAACUUGCUGGAACUCAGUUCUGGCACGUCUCAGGUGGGCGCCAAUGCCAUUAUAAGAGAACAAGGGAGAAGAAUAGCACUGGUUGUAGGGAUUACUGAGGUAAUGUAUGUGGAGCCUUCAGAUAUUUGGAAUACAUUAUAAGAAUGUUGUGUUUAUUCUGUAACUGUAUUUGGAGAGAAAAUAUUAAAUUCCAACUAUUUUGCAUAUGGAAGGUUUAUGAUGUAUGUUUUAUAUGCACACACAUUUUCCCUCUCAUAAAGCCCACUGUAAAGCUGUUUGAAUUGUCCCAAGUGGAACAGGACAUGCUGAUCUCAUUACUAAGACUAUUUUAUUCAUAUUUGAACAUAAUUCACUGCUAAUGGCAACAUCUUGGAAAUGCGGAGUACUCAGAGUGGCUGGAUUAUCCAGGAGGGUAAGAACUUGUCUGAUGUUUGCUGUGUCCUGUGCAUAAAGAAAACCCUCCACUUUUUCCAGCUUUAAUUUUUAAUUGGGCCGGGGAGUGACAUAUGUUUCCUAGCUCUGGAAACUGUUGCAGCCUAGAUCAAAUAUCAGGACCUUCUGGUAUAGACUUGAGCUGGACCGAGCCAUGUGGAACUAGGGUAGUUUGGCAUUCCACGGCCCUACGGAGCUUGUGUUUUGUUUGGGAGUAUGAAAAGUCUCCGGUUUCAGCUCCUUGUCGUUUGUGGCACAGUUUUACCACUGGCCUGUGAGGCCAAAGCUCUCACUUAUGGCUGUAGGCUGUUUGCCGUGCUGUCUGUUUCUAGGAAAGGAGAAGCAGGAGAGCAGUCUGAGUAGAGAGGCUGGCUUUGGGACAUGCCUGUAGGAGAGUAUUUAUAGAGCUUGGCCUAUUAGUGUGUUUUUGUGAAUGCAGCAAGCACAUUGCAUUCUCUGGUGGGCUCCUCACUCCCACUCCCCGCUCAUUUCUUCACCCGUGCACCCAGAAUAAAGGCGUACAGUAUCUAGAUCUCUGUAUGCAGAGUCAACAAUUAACCGCUCUGUGUGGUCAGGGAGGGCAGAGAAGGACCACUAAAUUUACAUCUGCAACAGCGUCACCUCCCAAAGUGACACACGUGGUAGAAAGCAGGCUGUCUUUUCUAUCGCAUUCUGAAUGGCUAUAAACUUUGCUUUUCAAAUUCAAAUCUGCCAUUCUCUCAGCUUUGACCACACGUCAAAAUUGUGGGCUGAGGCUUUGAUUUGGAACAAAACUGUGUUUUUAGCAAGUGAGCUGUUGCAAAGCUAUGCUGCAAGCAGCUUUAUACUAUACAGUGGUACCUCGAGUUACAUACGCUUCUGGUUACAGACUCCGCUAACCCAGAAAUAGUACCUCUGGUUAAGAACUUUGCUUCAGGAUGAGAACAGAAAUCGUGUGGCUGCAGCGCAGCAGCAGCGGGAGGCCCCAUUAGCUAAAGUGGUUCUUCAGGUUAAGAACAGUUUCAGGUUAAGAAUGGACCUCCGGAAUGAAUUAAGUACGUAACCAGAGGGACCACUGUACAUACGUGUGUGUGUGUGUGUGUGUGUGUGUGUGUAGGUGUAGGUUUUCAAGAGGCUUGGGGCAGCUUCUUCUCUUCUGAACCUGGCAUACAUGUGCCGUUUGCUUUGCUAUUUCUUGGUGCAGAGACUGGGACAGCUAAAUUAUAUGCAUAGUUGUCAAAUUUCAGAUUUGAAAAUAAGGGAUCAGCAGCCUCGAAAAUAAGGGAUCAGCAGCCUCACCUGUCCUGGGGACAGUCUACGGGAUAUCUAACAAUCCGGGAUAGCAGUGGGAAGCAGCGGGAAACAGCGCUGGAAUAAGGGAAUUUCCCCCCAAAAAAGGGUUAGUGUGGGGUUGUCACUUUGUUACUUUCAGGUUCCCUUGUGCCAUUGACAAAUGUACAGUUGGCAGAAAUUCUGGUACAGGGGUGAAGUGAUAGGGAUUCAACUAACCUGUUUAAUUUCUGCCUUUCAUCCACUUGUUCUGUGUGCACACUAUAUGUUUAAAGCAUAUUUACAGCACAAAGAAUCUUGGGAGCUAGUUCACCACUUGCAGAGCUGCAAUUCCCAGCAUGCUUCACAAAUGACAGUCACGUGCCUUAAUGUGGGGAAGUAAUGUGCCUUAGAUGUGCUGUAAAUGUAUGCCACAGGAGCCCUACCAAAUCAAAUGGUGGCACUCCAAAAUAAAAAGGAAUCAAGUUUUUUGUUUAAAGAAGAAGCUCCAUCCACUGACCUACACACUCUCUGGACUGAAGAGAUCUCUUUACAACUUCUUUCAAAGAACACCAGUAAGCAGCAGUUUUAUAUUGGCAAAGCAAGCUCCCAGUGCUUCUCCAUGCCUCAAGCUGAUGGUCUGAUGAUUGCUGUUAGUGGGAAGCCCUGCAUUGCUUCUAACAUGGGGCCAAGAUGCUCUUUAUCUUGUCAAGGCUGGCAUGGAUAUUUGUCCACUCUGCACCCAAACAAGGGCAGUGUUCGAAACUCGCAUUGUUCCAGGCGCAUUUUGCAAUAGGGAAUUUCAUUAGCGCAAGCACUUUCUGAGCUCUGGGCACAGUACUUCACCUAUGAUUUCAGAUUAAAACUGCAGAGUGGAAGCAAAGGAGGACCCUUUUCUGUCUCCCCUCUUCCAGCUACUCUCUGAAGCAGGCUUCCUCAAACUCAGCCCUCCAGAUGUUUUUGGCCUACAACUCCCAUGAUCCGUAGCUAGCAGGACCAGUGGUCAGGAUGAUGGGAAUUGUAGUCUCAAAACAUCUGGAGGGCCAAGUUUAAGGAAGCUGUCUCUGAAGACUAGAGAAAAGACCCUCUUAAGAGUAUUAGGGGGGUGGGCAGGGGAAGGACCAGACCGUAUGAAAAAUGAACAUAAUAUUUUAGCUGCAGUUCAUUCAUUUUCAGCUUUGUAUUCGAGUUAUAAAAAAAGCACGCCUAGACAUUCCGUUAUUGGGCCGAUAACCUAGGUUUAAGGUGCCAUUUAGCUGCUAGCUUUCAUAUCUCAGUUUCUAAUACUGAACAAGGGCACAGUUGUUUGCUGUUGGAAACAAUCAAAGGUUCAUGUUGGAGGAUAGGACGGUUAUGGGUAAUUUCAAGCGGCUCUUCCUGUGGCUUUUGUCAUCUGAUCAUCUCAAAGAGCCUUGCGUUCAUUCAUUCCCUCUCACGUCAUCCCGUCCAGCAGGCAUUGUUCCACAUCCCCAUUUCACUGGCAGGUACUGUGGUGUGGUGUGACAGGAACAAGCUAGGCAAUGGUACAGGCAGGGCAAGGGACCUAGGCAUCCUUGCUGCCUUCAGUGUUGUAUUCUUGUAAUCACAAGGAGAAAAAUGAAGGCCUUUCUCCACAGUUUAGUUUAUGGCAUAAUAAAUGGCACAUUUGUUUCUCAUUAGUUGCACACAGUCCACAUGACACCCCUCAAGGUGACGUAUGGCUUAGAGAGAGUAUGCCACAAUAUUUUAUACCUGAGAAAAUGCAGUGGAUCCCUUUCCAGUUAGUGCAUUAACUGACGCUGUACUUCAUCAAGUAUUUUGUGAAGCUGCUUCAUUCUAUGAACUUUCUCUAUGUAUUAGGUUAAGUUUUGGAGGCAGUGUGUCUGAUGUAUAACCACAGCACUGUAGUACUUCCCCAGUAUUUACAACUCUAGCAGCAAGCAUCACCAACAAGUCCAUUCCCUCCUCUCCCAUUGUUGAAAGUAUGACAUAAUAUUUCAUAAACCCUUUCUGUGUUUUUAGAUGUGAUGUGCUUCCCCUCUCUAGCACUAGGGUGCAUGUGUAGCCAGACUGUUUGAACAUGUGUUGCAGCUGGAGGGGGGGGUAGAAGCACAACUUUCUCUGAUCUAUUAAGUAUAAGUGAGAAUUUAAAAAGAACUUUGACCACCAUAUGAUGACUAAAAAGUCAUUGGGAUUAAUUUUUUCCAUACAUGUACUGUAUAACAUAUUUAUAUGUGUUUUCUUAAACAUCAGGAACAAAAUUCUGAGGGUACAAGCUGUUCAAUCAGUGAAACAGACUUCCUAUACCUAUAACAAACUCAGUUGGUCUCUAAGGUGCUCCUGGAAGGAAUUUUUAUAUUUUGUUCCAACUACGGCAGACCAACAUGGCUACUUAUCUAUAACUAGACUUCCUUGCAGGGAGUGAUGGAAUAUCCUUCCUUUUGAAGUUUGUAAGUGGGGUUUAGAUACCCACCUGUUGCAGUAGUGGGUUUCCUGCAUUGGCAGGGAGUUGGACUAGAUGACCUUUGACGCCCCUUCCAAACCUGGGAUUCUAUAUUAGGCUGUUAGAUACAUAAAAAUUAAAAAUAAAGAUGGGUGGGUUGUUGUGGUGGUUUUUUAAAAAAUUGUGACUGAGGCUUGCUUUGACUGUUUUGUGAAAAGGCCCCCUUUUUUACAUAACAAAAUUUAUGUACUGCUUAAUUUAAAAACCUCUAGGCAGUUUACAUAAAAUAUUUAUAAGAACAUACCAGUAAAACCAACAGACAUAAUAAAGUCUAACGUAAUAAAGUUAACAAAAUAUAAAUAAAGCUUACACUUUAAAUGCUAUACUACUCAAUGAACUCCUCUCCUAUUCCGCAGCUUAGCCAAGACCAAGGUGCUUGGAUAUACAGCUUAAUGCACUGAAAGUAAUUUCACUUUCAUCACCUCCAAAGGAAUUCAGGACCCAGUUGGCGUUUUACAUAGUACUUCAGAGUACCUUCCAAGGGGGCAGCUGAUCCCAGGAUCCUCUGAUGCUGUGCCGAUGCACCAGGUCCAGAACUAACACCAAUAUAAUGUAAUUGAAGUAGAAAUCACAAUAGCUAGAGGCAACCUAGUGAUACCAGCAGACCCUCCCGUGGUAUCAUUCGCAACUCCUCCACAUUAAGCCUGCCUAGAAGGAACCCGUCAGCACGUGGCAGGAAAUGUUCUGGUGGCAUGACCCUGUUCAGCCCACACCGCUACUACAUACAAGGCCCAAGCCCACUGUCAAGGUGAGCCCACAGCACUUCCCUUGCCAGCUGUCCAUAGAGGUACAUUAGCAACUGCUGUCUGUAGCCACAAGCACUGCAGUGCUCCCCUCAGACCAAGGAGGCAAGGCAACAGCCUGCUAACAGCACCUUUGCCAGGAAAAAGCCUGGGCCGGGCAGGAAAGGAGAGGUUGUCAUUCCAGUCACAAGCGUCAGCCAAGCAAGUGGGUAGGAAGAGGCCCAGACAUGGAAGCCAGUUGACCACAGGCUUCUCAGGCAAACAUUACAAGAGCCCUGAUGAGUCAGACCAAAGGUUCAUCUAGUUCAUCUACUCCAGCUUCCCAUAGAGGCCAAGCCCAUGCCUCUGGUAAACCCUAAGCAGGGCACGAAUAGCUCUCUGCCAAUUGUCUCUCCCCAUAAACUGUCAUUCACUGGCAUACCUCUGAAACCAGGAGGUUUCGUUUUUGGUUUCGCCAGAAGCGGCUUAGUCAUGCUGCCCACAUGACCCGGAAAAACUGUCUGUGGACAAACGCUGGGUCGCUCGGCCUAUAGAGCGAGAUGAGUGCCGCAAUCCCAGAGUUGUUCACAACUGGACCUUCACAAAAGGACACAACAGGGGUCCUUUACCUUUACUUAUCUCCUCCUGAAGCUGCUUUUCCCUAGCAGAGGUGACCAUCUGGGCUCUUGUUCCAUGGACUGACUUGUAAGGUGUGCUUGGAGAAUGGGAGAAGCCUUUUCUAACCCACUCGCUCUUUUCCCAGCCGUAACUUGCCUUUGAACUUCAAACAGAUCUUCCAAUCCCCCAUGCUAUCUGGGUGAAAAAGGAACAGGUCAGAUGGCAACCCUGCUUCCUUCCCUAUUGCCCUCCAGUCGAUAACUCAGCGCAUGAUGGCCUUGCAUCUUCUGCCUCAGUACCCUGGGAAGCCCUGUCAUCCUAUCGGGAGGUUUGUUUGUUUUCUUACAGCAGACCCUUGGAAAUUGCUUCCCUCGCUGCAAGCACUCGUAUAAUGCUGGUGCAGAAGUAAACAAUGCUUCACUUGCACCACACUUGAGCGGCACCUUUAACGGGAAGGAGUGCGCGUACACUGAGCAGCCACAGCAGCCCUUGAGGGCAAGGGCUGUCCUUGCAUGGCAGAAAGGCAAAAUCUCAUUGCCCACAGCAUGCAGAAUACUGCAGCUGGAAGUACAUAAGCUGUGGAGCAAACAAACCAGUUCCCAUUUGGACUAUUUUCUUUGGCGGAUGCAUAAUAAGUAAACCUCUUAGCUCACAAGAUUGGUUUGUUUUCUCGGGGCAUUGUUUUCAAAGCUGUAUUAUGCCUGGCAAGAUAGUGAAGCAAUGCAUUGUACAGAAUUGGGUGGCUGUGCGUGCAUGUGCCCCCCUCCCUGAUAGCUGUCAAUUUUUUACCCAGAUAUAUAUUUCUCGUCACCUCCAUUUCUUUCACCUCAUUUUCUCUGCCAGAGCUCAGUGGGCAAUCCAAUCAAAGGACAUCUUUGGAGAGAACAAUAAUUUUAAGGCACUUAAAAAAAAAAUCUUCUUUAGGUUAUCAUAAUGCCCCAAAGUGCAGUGCUCAUGUUUUGUUUUUAGCACACGGCUGAAUACUUUCUGCAAUCUCUGCUCCACUGAGCUCUCCCCAUUGGCAUGGGGAGCUACACGCACAGGAAGAGCUCAUUUUCCAUAGGAGGAGUAGGUACAGUUUUAAAAACAUCACCAACUGGGAGGGGAUGCUGACACACAGAGGAGAGAACAGGAUUUGCAGCAAAACUUUUGUGGAUCCAGGACUGGGGUGAUAGAUUAUUUCCAUGUUUCGGGUGGAGCUUGGGCCUUCCUGCAGUAGAAAAUUUUGUUGUAUCAUUUGCAUUUCGAGGCACAGGUCUGGGCUUUCUAGGUCCAUGUCUGAGCGCUUUCCCCACAAAAAUCUGAUCUUUACUGCUGAAAACCCAAAGUGGCAUGUGCUCUAAUUCAGCGGUGAAGGUCAGAUCUUCCUGGGGGAAGUGGUGGGGAAGGGAGCGCUCAGAGAAAGUGUGGACCUGUGUCUGGAAAGUGAGGAGGCAAUAGGUAGGUGUGAGAAAAUUCUCCUAAGAAGAGCCUGCUGGAUCAGGCCAGUGGCCCAUCUAGUCCACUACCCUGUUCUCACAGUGGCCAACCAGAUUCCUAUGGGAAGGCCACAAGCAAGACCUGAGUGCAACAGUUCUCUCCCCACUUGUGAUUCCCAGCAUUCAGAGACGUACUGCCUCCUGAAGUGGAGGCAGAACAUAGCCGCUGUGGCUCAUAGCCAUUGGUUCCUCAUUACUCAAGAUAAGAGGCUAGAGACAGCCAGCUUCCCAGUCUUUAAGGAACUACCUGGCAAAUUGUUGUCUCUAUUUGUACUGGUGAUAUAAAGCAUAGCAGAUACUUCUGUUUGCAUGCAUGCCGUCUUUUAUCACUCCCUGGUUAAUAAAUGCUGGAGCCAUCUUAAUGUGGAAGGCAUUAAGCUAUUUUCUUGGGUGCUCCCACGCUAGGGGUAGGAUUCAACUAAGUUGUUGCAUGCAUGGAACAAGGUCCACUCAACAUAAUAGGACUCACCUCCCUCCCAUGGCCUCUGUGCCCCCUAAAUGUGCUCUGGAGGGUUGGGCGGAACUCCCAGAACUAUGGUGGAACUAAGGACAUCAGUAAUUUCAGAAGAGAUUUGGAAUUAGGGUGCCCCACAUUGUAGAUCCCUAGUUAAGGGGAGCAGUGUUUUGUGUUCUUCCUCUUCUAAAGCCUUGAUUUCUGUGCACACCCCAGUUGGUAGAUGGCUUGAGCUUUUUCCAAAGGGCAAUUUGGGACAUGAGGAAUGAGUUCCUGUUUCCAUCUCGGCUCCCAUAACUGGAGAUGAACAACUGAAUUGGAGCAACGGUCCUGAGCAAAAGACAGGCCCUUCAGUUGACUUGGUAUUUCAGUGUGGAAGUCACGCAACGGCACAGCAGAGUCAUUAGCAGCAGACGGACGCCACUGUGGAACUGGGAAUCGGCAGUGCAGGCCAAGGCCUAAUUGCGUAUUGUUUUCACUGUCAACUGAACAUUGAGAAUUUGAGUGGGGAAAGAAAGCAUUUUGGAAUUCUAGUCUUCAGAAUAAAACCAGAGGAGGCAUGGAAGGAUAAUGGACAUUGAAGGUGGGUGUGGAGGAGACAGUGAAAAACGGCUGGACUCACUAUGUGGGAGUUUACGUGACAGGUUCCAUUCAAAAACAAUAAAUUAUGACUCCCUUCCACCAGCAGUAUUUUCUUAAAGCCUGUGGGUGCAUCUGUGUGUCUGUGCCACAUACAACUUUAUUUGACUUCCUUCCUUGUGUCUAGCUGCAUUCAUCAUUUGUAGCCUUAAGAAAAUGAAUAUUAACAGUUUUAAUAAAGCCAUAAGAGGCCCUUUGGUUUUCACUGAGUCUUUAUGAGCACAGCUCAAAAAUUAAUGGGGCUUGUUUCUGAUCAAGGCGCCACAGAAAUGGUUUUCGAUUCUUCUUAGACUAAAGACCCUCUUGUCCUGCCCCUUUUUGUUAAUCAUUGCUGUUGUCCCUUUUUGUUCCCUCUCUGUGGAGUUCUACGGCCACUGUGGCUCAGGGUGCCAACACACCUCUUCCAAAGACCGCCGGGGGCCUUCUAAUAGUUGUGUGCAUGACAGGUCCUCAUGGCUUCUCCAGUACAACACUUCACUGAUGGGAGAAACUACACCUGCCCAAAUGCCCCCCCCCCCCAGCCAGUGAGCUCUUAACAGAUCAUAAGUAAGACCAAGCACUAGCAGUGCUAUUGGGGCAUCCUCUACCUGAAAUCUCCCUUGAAGCCCAUGCAAAGAUGCCUGCUGGAUCAAACCAGUGGCUCAUCUAGUCCUGCCCCCUGUUUCCCACAGUGGCCAAUCAGACGCAGAAGCAGGGCAGUGGAAUUUGGAUGCAUUCAGGUCUGUUCCAAAUCACCCCAUUUAAGGUGCUUCCCGUCCCUUACCCACCUGCCUGCAAACAGGUUUCCAAAUGUGUUUUAGCCUCUCCAAAACCAACAUUUUAAACUUGGGGAUAUAAAGGAGUUUAGAAGGUAGUUUUAGAGUGGAACGGUAACAGGUGGGGAAAUUGUUGAGCGCACACCCUCCCUCUGCCUUUUUUGCUUCGCAAUGUACCCUCUUAAAGCUGCUUUUUCCCCCUUUGGCUUUUAUGUGCUCAUGCAUGAGAUGUGUAGCCCUGUCUUAAAAUGGAGAUCUGAAGAGAUGCAUGCUUUCUUCUUUCAUACCUCUCAAUGGCUCCAUGCGGAGGCAAAUCAUUAUAGUCGCAGCAGGCCAAGUGACCUCUGCUUUGAGAUCAGGUGGCUGCCCAUAAGUCUGUGUGUUAGGUCACUGAAUAAGUCAAGAAAGAAGGAAAAUAUUGUCUUAAUAAUUUCCUUAUUUGAGAGCAGGCUCUUUCUGCAACCUCUCAUUUUUGAUUCCCACCUCGCUUCUACUGAAACUCUUUGAAAACAUGCCAAGAACCCCGAUUUCUGUGUUUCUUUCUUUCUUUCUUGGCGCCUACUGACGUCAGCUUUACGCUUGACAAGCAAAGAUUUCUGCACCAAGGCACAUGCCAUCCAAAUCACAUUCAGGAUGCUGGCAGGCCACAGGAGCUUAGCAAGCCAUAAUGAUGGGCCAACAAGUACCGUAUCCCUAGGGCACUGGACUGGAAUUCACAACCUUUGAUUUCCUUUUCUCCCAAAGGUCACUAAUUCAGUCUGCAUAGAUCCCACCCUUUGUAUAAUAGGGAUUAUACAACAUCUUCUUUCUCGCCAGUGUCUACUGAGAACUAUGAGUCCUUGAUGGUCUGGGGACUGACCACCUCCCUCUAGUAAUUUAUUUAUCAAGUCACUAGACAGCAAUUUUGAGUCUGCCAUCGCUGCGGCUGGCAGUAACUCUUCCUUCUGUCUUCCUGAUUGUCUGUGCCUUACUGCCAAUACCUACCUAGGGGACAUUGCAUGACUUAUUCUAGAUUAGCCCAUCUGUUUUUCAGUUCUAGGACCCAGUCCUGUAGCACAACAACUGAAGAGAGUGUCCUUGAGCGCACAAAGAGUUAUUUUCUCUUGUAAGCCCAGUCAGCCCUCACUUGCUCAGGGCUAGGGAGAAGGGCACCCAGGCCCCGAAUGUGUGGUAUAUUCAGCCAAAUCCUAACUUUUUAGAAGAAAACUAUAGCCGUUUUCAUUGAAGCUUACUACAUAGUGAGAAGGCAUAGGAAUGUAGCUGUAGGCAGGCUAGAGCCAACCCUACCCUGUACCUUGCUUUUUAGAAAUUAGACCCACAAGUCAUCCGUGCCAUUCCUUUAAAGCAUAUGGCUUCCCCCAAAGAUUCCUAGGAACUGUCGUUUGUUGAUGAUUCUGGGAAUUGUAGGUCUGAGAGGGAUACACUACAGUUCCCCUGAUUCUUUGGGGGAAGCCAUGACUGUUAAAAUGCUAAUAAGUGUACUUUAACUGUAAGGUGUGGCUGUGAUGCAAUACGCAACCAUGCAAGUCCUGUUUUCCACCUACCACCAGUAGGGGUAUGGGAAUCUUUCCCACAGUUAGACUUUGGUGCAGAUACCUCCUUGCAUUGAGGGCCACUUUUACAAUUUCAUGCUUCUGUGUGAAGAGUUUUGUGAGACUGGCCAUACAUGUUUGUUCCCCCCCCCCCCAGCCUGUCAGGAACCCAGUCCCUGUGUAUAUGAAAUCAUGGUGUGAGAACCAGCCUUUAGGGUCAAGUGUAUGUCUGGCAUAAACAGAAAAGAGAAAAGGCAUAUAUGACAAAGUCCCAAGUGCAGCUUAAAUGUUGUCAGACGAAGGCUGCAAUCAUGCACACUCUUGGGAACAAGUCCCCUAGUAUUCAGUACUGAGUAUGGAAUCAAAGGAUUGAGCUAUGCCUGAUCAGGGAGAGCGUUUCAAGGGCAGUGAGAGAUAGUGGGAAUGCACUGGGACAGGCACUGUAGAGGCAUAGGAGCAAGUCAUUGUGGACUAGGGAUGUUGGAAGACAGCCAUUUCUGUUCCACCCUGUAUCAGUCUCAAUCAGUGCUGCUUCCAUUCAGUUUCUGCAAAAUACUAUAUUAUUUGUCUGCUAUUUAAUGUAAGCUAUACAGCAAGCAUACAACAUGAGACUCUUAAUCUUAGGGUCAUGGGUUUGAGUCCCAUGUUGGACAAAAUAUUUAGGAGAUUUUGCAGGGGGUUGGACCAGAGGAUGACCCUUAUGGUCCCUUCCAACUCUACGAUUCUAUGAUUCUAUUUACAUAACUUAAGUCAUUAAUUGCGCUUGCAAAUUAUGUAUCAUUUGCAAACUUAAAAAUGAUGUAUUUGCUUACCUGAUUUCUGUUCCUGGCCACAGGUGAACAUGCAAACUACAGCAAAUUCUGCUUCCCUUUCACAGCAAUUCUCUGACAUCCCUAGUAUGGACAGAUAUUGGGUCCAGAAGGAUCUCUCACACAAGCACACAUAUCUCUGCCCCACCAGUAUCUCACCCGUUUUCCCUAAGGUAGAAAACAUCACUCCUGAAAUUUCCGUCAGUGAAAUGUUUCUCUACUCUUUCCAUCUACCUCACCAGCCAUGAUUCGACCUUAAGACAAUGAUAGACUAAGUGCAGGGUACAGCAAGCAUACAGCUGGAAGGAAGGACAAAGGGACAGCGUAAUUGCAGAGGCCUUGGCAGUGGAGAACUAAUCGGUAGGAUGUGCCCUGAUGACUUGAGGAAGGCAGCCACAUGGCCACACACCAUGUGAGAAGGGAGUUAUACAGCUCUGAGGAGUGAUGCCUCCAUUCUAGAUGCCAGGUUUGGUUGGUUUUAAAUGCCCUGAGGGGCUUUCAUUCGUAAAGAAAUUUGAUACAUAGCCCAAUGACCAGACACAGUAGAGUUUUGGGCCUUGGGAGGGGAAAAAUAAUUUAAUUGACAUUGAGAUGCACAGAGGGGUCCAACGUAGGAAUGGAAAAGAAUUAGGCAGUCUCAAAUAUAUAGCUACUUCCACUUGCCCAGCGUGGUACUAGAUAAAACUACAAGAACAGUCCAAAGUCAAGGAGCCAUUAGGUUCCAGUACCAAAAAGUUGAUGGGAGGAGUAAAGUUUUGUAGUGGGAAGGUUAGAAAUUCAGGGAAAUCAUCUGUGACCUAGUUUUGUAUGUAUCCUUAAGGGAACUCCGCUUCCAGUGCAGGAGAAGAUCUUGAAACAGCAGCAUCUCCUCUUCCUCCAGAUGGAACUUUUGUGCUAUUCUAGCUAUAUUUUCUAAUGGAUUCCAAAUUCCACAAAUAUGACCCUUUUGAGAAGGUAUGAGGUUUCUAGGGCUGAUUAUCUAAAUAGUUCCCUGUUGAUCUGCGUAUUGAUGCCAAAUACCUGGAGUUGGGGCUGACACAAGAAAAACUUUUAUUUCCUUGUAGCAAAAGUUAUUUCUGAGACGCUUUGUACACAGGAUAAAGGUCCAGGCUAAAAACAAAUACGGUACACUGGCUCUGGACGUGGGAUGUUCUGGUUCAAAUCCCUGCUGAACCACAAACUCUAUAAAGCACUGUGCCAGACUAUAACCCAGAGAAUGCACAUGCAGCUUACAUUUCCCAGUGUCCCAGGAAGAGAGGCUGCUGUCUUCCUUCCCACCUUCACCUCAACUCUCUUGCCAGUUCUUCUCUCUGCUUGCUGAAAUGUACAGGGCUGCAGGAAUACUGCACAGCAGGCAGAUGACAGGGCCAGGGAAGAAAUGGAUGGGGAAGGCUGCAGCCGUCUUUCUCCUGCUGCCCUGGGGGAAUUUAAAGAGGCUACAUAGAUGUAAGUUCUCAGUUUCAGCCUGUCCACCUUGCUGGUAGUUAGGGGUCCACCGCUUUUAUGACAGGGUUCCUGUGCUUUUCACAGCUGCAUUACAGACAGACAGACAUUCAGCAGUUACUGUAGGCCUUGCCUGGGAGAGAAAGUGAAUUGGAGUGGCUGGAGUGGCAAUUGUACAGCGGCCUUGAAAGAAAGAAAAAAUGUGGCAACUUUCCUUGCAGGUUUCAGGCGAGGCCCAAGUUUUCUGUUGUCCUGGUAGUAUCCGUGGCUUCAAGAAUAAACUUCCCCAGCAGAAAUAUUGUUAAAAGGUAUUUCAUUUAUCUUAGCCUUCCUUUCAGCGUAUAAAUCCGUCUUAAGACAGCUUUCAAUUAAAUUCCAUAUUUUGAAAAUGCAUUGGAAGGUAGGCAAAGAUAAACAUAAAAACACAUCAAGAUCCUACCUACAGGACAGCUGAUGGUGGGUUGUUCCUUGGAGGGGAGGGGAAAGUGCAUCUAGACCAGGACUUAGGUGGUCUUCAUCUGCCUGCCUGCCUCUCCCUCCUGGAGUCCAUCCCAUGGGAGGGUUGAUGGGGAGGGGUUUUUAAGAGCAUCCCCCCUUUUGACUCUGAGGUUUCUCCCAACCUUAGUUUGUGGGAGCCCCCCCCCCCUUGGUUCAGCCCCAUAGCAGGUAGGGCUUGUAUCAAAUGGGAGCUGUUUGAUCAGAAGCCAUGAUAUCACUGUGCAUAUGUGAAUUCCACUCCUGUGCCUUACUUAGUGUUUACUGGGGCUCUACUAAGGAGGGUAAAAUACCUUUUCUUGCCCAUUACAGUCUCUCACAUGUCUUCUCCUCUGUGGCCCACUGUAGCACACUCACCAAUUUCCUUAUGCCCCUAUUUUCACACCCACCCAAAUUUCCCUCCCAGAUACACAUGGCCUCCAUACCAGCCUGUGCCCCAUUUGCCAACCAGCUCCUAUGCGUCCCUCCCCUGGUGUCCCCCAAUUAGCCCCCACACCCACCCACAGUCAACAUGGCUUCUCUAACCUUUGCCCAAGACCCUGAGCCACUGCAGAGCUUUCUUCCUGCAUUUUCUACCUUACCCAGUCACACUUGGGCAAGAAGACGUGUCUGCCUGUUAAUCACUAUCAGGCCAAUCCAGGCAUGCUUAAUUCUCUAACAAGCCAGUUGUUAAAUACAGUAAUAGAGGCUUUAGCAGCUCAAUAGCUGGCCUCUUGGGAAGAGCAGACACAUGAAAUUCUUUGAGGAGAUAGAAGGCAGAUUUGUUGUAUAGGGCAGGUUCUUCCUUGCCCACUGGGCUGGAAGGGAGGAAUACAGUCGGAUGAAUCCACCAACCAGGCCUGAAGUAUGAAUUGGUGACAACAGGGACGACUUAUCUAAUAUGGUUAAGAAACAGCACUUUAGAGACAGGGAGCAUGUAUUUUCUCCUUAAAGGUCUUUGUGGACAUGUUUAUGAUGUUGUUUAGCUCCACAACCCAGUCUGUUGUGCAUCAAAUGUGGCAGGUGUUAAUAUCCAGUUAUAGGGAAAUUUAGUGACAUACUCAAGGUAUACCAGGCAGAGAAAUUGAUGGCAGUUAAUAAGAGGUGGGAGAAAAACCAAUGUUUUAAUUAUGCAGUUAGAUAAUGGCAGGGUGGGCUCUCUCUGCAUUAUCAAUAAAUGCUUGCGGUCAUGCAACCAGAGGUCCACAUUGAAGUACACAAAUCCUAUUCCAGUUGAUGUGGAGGGGCUGAGGCAGAGGUGCAAGCCACUGCCUCCAUUCUCUGUGCCACCUAGAUGGCAACUGGCGUACCUGAUUAUAAGCACACAGGCAGCACAUGUUGCUGAAGCUAGACUACUGCUGGUUAAUUCUCCUUUCGAGCUGUACAGCUGGCAGAGAUUUGUCCCAUGAGAUUUGCUGCUCCAUGAGAAAGGGAUGGCCAGUUGUGUCCCUCCACCCACUUCAAGUAGUAUUCAUUUCAGUGGCAAGUGACCAGGGAGUGUUCUUUAUGUCCUGGGCCAGAUGAUCCCCGUCUUAAGUUUGAUAUGGACAAGACUUUUGCUAGUGGCUCCCUUUUAAUGAGUCAGUCUGGCAGAAGCUCUCUAGGGUUUGAGGCAGAGUGUGUUCCCAGCCCUACCUGGAUAUGCUGGGGAUUGAGCUGGGGCUCUUCUGCAUGGAAAGCACAUGCCCUAACACUGAGCUAUGUCCUUCCCAUAGUGUGAGCCAAAUUUUGCCUUAGCUGUGAAAUCAUUUGGUGGCCUGGAGCAAGCUUUUCUCUCUGCCUUAGCCCAGCUCCCUUGCCACCUGCAACACAGGACUGGCCUUCCUUGUAGAGCAGCUGCAAAAAAAUAAAAUACUAGACUAACAUUCAAAGAUAUUCCCAUGCAGAGCACAGUGCCUUUGCACUGGGAACAAUGCAGCUGGAAGAAUAGGGCCCUUGGUGACUAGAGACUUAAGGCUCUCGUCGCUUCCCUGAGCUCCUGUUUUUAUUUCUAGACACUCAGACUUUCCAAAGCAAUGAAAUGUUUUAAAUUGCACCGUUGUACAGAGCCCACCUUUGGUUUUCAUCACCAGCAAAUCAGUCACUGAAAGGUAAAAUAGGUUAUAGCUGCCUUUCCCUUCCUCUCCACUCACCCUGCCUCCAGCAUCUCACAUGAAAGAGUGUGAUGCUUUCUUCAUUAUACUCAGGCACUCAGCCACUGGGGUUUGUUUGUUUUGUUAGGUUGCCUGUCAGCAGGCUCUCUCUUUCUUAGUGAGCAUUCAGGAGACACUGGGCGAGAGGGAAGAGCAGGUUCCUAUUUCCUUUUGUGUAGCCGAAGGGGAAGACACCAGCUCUUCCUGCCUGCCUGCAGGCUUGGGCUUUGAGUCCCUGUUUCUUUGCCAGAACUCCAGGAGAGUGAAGGGUGAGCCAGGAGGCUUUUAUCUGGGACCUUUCCUUGUAACUUGAGCUGCUGGGGAACCCUGGAAUGAGCAUUGCUGGAUGAAAACCUAGCUUUGUAGGCCACAGCAUAUUCUUUUAGGCAACCAAAUUCAUUUUGCAAAAUACCCUUAUUGGAAAUACUGCAAGGGUGGGAUUGGGGGGGUUUUUAUACACACUGACAAUUCUUCCCCCUUUUGAGUUUCUUUGCAAUUUUUUGACUUAUCUAUUGUUUGUAUAGCCGAAGUCCUCUUCCUGCAAAAUCACUGCUAUGUGAUUUUGCAGGAAGAGGGAGCUAUGUAAUUCCCAUUCAUUUUGGUUCAAUGGUGCUUAUGCAAAAGAUCUUCUCAGUAGCUUGCAUCCUAGGUCUCUUUGGCAGAGUUAUUCACAGGUAUUCCAUGAACUGUCAGUCAGAAGAUUCCCCCUUUUUCUAAUUUCUAAGGAACAAAUGAAAAGGGACAACAGUGUUAUUGUCAUUCAUUAUUCCAAUGUGCUAUAAAUGCCUAUGUACAAUCUAUUACAGAACAAGUGUGCAAGGCCUGCAUACAAUCUUUUGGCGAAAGGUAAAAAGGUAAAGGGACCCCUGACCGUUAAGUCCAGUCGCAGAUGACUCUGGGGUUGCGGCGCUCAUCUCACUUUAGUGGCCGAGGGAGCCGGCGUUUGUCCGCAGACAGCUUCUGGGUCAUGUGGCCAGCAUGACUUCUGGCGAACCAGAGCAGCACACAGAAACACCAUUUACCUUCCUGCCGGAGUGAUACCUAUUUAUCUACUUGCACUUUGAUGUGCUUUCGAACUGCUAAGUUGGCAGGAGCAGGGACUGAGCAAUGGGAGCUCACUCCAUCGCAGGGAUCCGAACUGCCGACCUGAUCGGCAAGACCACAGCACUACCCGCGUCCCUUACAAUCUUUUGGCUAGUCAACAGCAAUGCAUAAGUCCUGCCAUCUACCUACCAAAUCAGCUGACCAUAGGACAGUCUUUCUCCCCACCCUUCCCCUCUCAUAUGUUUUCCCUAGGGAUUUGUGGAGCCUAGGACAAAUCACUGUGCCGCCCCCCCCGUUGUCUUGCUCCCCCCCCCCCGUUUCUACUGCCUCCUCUCUACAUAGUGAUGGUUGUAGUGGCAGCCCCUCUUCCACUCCUCCCAUCACAUGAGUUGCUGUGCCUCUCUUCCCUCCCUGACUUACUUGCUUUUUCUUUUUCAGCUACUCUAGUGGCGGCACUGCCAGUGAGGUUCUCUUCCACCACCUCCUACCUUUGCCUUUCCCCUGGAAGGACGGAGGUGGAAAGCCUUGCUGGCUGGGUCAAAAAAGGUGCCAGCUAUGGCCACCAGUGCCAGGCAUGAGGGCCCCCAAAGUGUGGCAACUGCCCCAGCUAUGGCUCUCCACUUCUCCCACCCACCAAAACCUGUUCCAGAUGCAUACUCAUUCUCCCCAUCUUCUCACCUUUUUCUCUUCCUUUCCUGUGUUUGUCUCCCUCAUGUAUGUUCUUUCUAACCCUCUCCCCAGAUAGGAUAUGUUCUGCCUAUGGCACGGGUUCAGUUCACCAUCACAAGGACAAUUCAGUAUAGAUUUUUACGAUGGUUUCCCUGCAACCAAAAUAAGGUUUUGCUUUUUUUCCAGGUGAGAAGGCCCACCCAUGGAAAUAGAUUAGGCAACUGUGUUCACCAGAGUUUCACAGCAACAUCAGGUGUGAAGUGGGGGUCUUAGCAUGCCAUUAGCUUCCCUAAAUGAUGUCAACAUGUGAUCUCCAGCUUCGAUAUCUCUGGGGUGGGGAACCUGUGGCUGUUCAUAUGUUGUUGGACUCCAGCUGCCAUCUCCCCUGAUAUUUGGCCAUGCUGGCUGGGACUGUGAUGCGUGGGAGUCCAAGAACACCUGCAGAGUCACAGGUACCCCACCUCUUUCUUAUACUUUUGUAUCCAGAAUGGUGAAGCCAUGGCAAAUUCAUGCAAGGAAACCUGCUUCACUUGGUAAAUAAUAUGGCACCAAACAACUGGAACACAGCAGCUGGUAUUUUAGUACAAAUGAGAGAUUUAAAUAACCCUGCUCUACUCUAAUUGCAGGGAUGGUUGGCCUGUAGUGUUAGUCAUAGCUUACAGAUGGAGAAACAAGCACAACAGAGGUUUGCACUGUCUGCGUAGAUCUGUUGACAUCAGGUCAGAAACCAAGACCCUGGCAGUAGUGAAAGUUUUGCAAUUAUUAUUAUUAUUUUUAUACCACCCUUCAUCCAAAAAUCCUAGGGUGGUUUUAUGGUCAAAGUCUUUUGUUCUACUAAAUUUUGGUAGUGGGUUGUGGGGUUUCUGAAUUCCUGAGUAAUUAUGCAGCUGUUUGUUAGUAAAGUACAGCCUUGUAGCAGUUUUCCUUAAUGACUGUCUGUGUAUGCAUGAAAGAGAGAGAGAGAGAGAUGCUGAGAUAUUUCUGGAUCAAAAUAAUUUUUAGAAAAUAUAGGAGGCUAACAGCUCAGUCCUAAUGUGCCUUGCAAAUUUGUUCCCGUAGCCAUGGCAAGAUAAGAUCAAUGGUGCUACAGCAGCCGCCGGAUUAGUAGAUAGGUUGACAUUUGCAGGACUGACAUUGGUUGAGAAUUAAUUGCAUCUUUUACACUACUCUUAUUCUCUUAAUAAAAUUAAAAUGAACUACAAGAUGGUUCUAUUUUCAUAUUUACUGCUUGCAGUACUGCUGAGCUAUUCCUCAUAUGCUGUCAGGAUUUUGCUAGAGAAAAUUGUGGGACCGAAUUAACAUGACAUAAUUUGGGCAGUCUACAGUUGAGGUUGCUGUGUAUAGGAAGAAUUUGGAUAGGUGAGUGAUGCUUGCUUAACAGUGGUGCUUCCAAAACACCCACUGAACCAUUUUGGAGGUUAUGCUUCCAAAUUUGCUUAUCAUCCAGCCCAUUUUGGCUGAAUUGCAAUGCUGAUUCAGGGUCUUCAAGGAAAUUGACAAAAUAUUGGCCCACUUGCAGACUACAGUCAUACCUCUGGUUGAAGUAGCUUCAGGAUAAGUAUUUUUGGGUUGCACGUUGUGGUGACCCGGAAGUAACGGUCAAAAUGGCGUCACACGCAUGCGCAGAAGCGGUGAAUCGCGACCCGCGCAGAUGCACAGAUGCAGGUUGCAUUCGCUUCUGGAUGCGAACAGGGCUCCGGAACGGAUCCCGUUCGCAUCCAGAGGUACCACUGUAUAGCGAAUACAGAAUCUCCUUCAUUUCUUAUGCUGCUUAGGAUCAUGGGGUGUAAUGUGUGUGUGUUUUCUCGGUUGCUUUAGCAUCAGACAACACCACAUAGCAAAGGGGAGCAGCUCCCAUUAUUAUAGGAUUGUAGAGUUAGAAGGGACCCAAAGGGUGGUCUAGUCUUUCCUUCUGUAAUGCCUACUUAGCUGCGAUUCCUGCAUUUAAGGUGGGCUUCACUUUGCUUUCUAUUUUCAAACCAAGACUGAGCUCCAGGAACUCUUUCCCUAUAAUUACUAGCAUUCAAAGCCAGAUUUAGGCAAUUGGAGGCAUUAGGAACAUCCUAGUAACUUUAGCUCUUUCUUUUGUGGUGUAUAAUCUCAGCUCCAUCCAGAUGAUCAGUGAAUGUCUGCCAUAACCUUUUGUGUGUUAAGUCCUUUAUCUCCAUUCAAAGUGUGAUAUCCAUCUGUGUGUAAUGGAGGGAGAUGACUCUAGAUAGAGGCGCUCCACUACUGAACUUAAGAGAGGCCUUUCUCAGACAAAGGAAACUACUGCAUUGCAAUUUAUCAGGAGGUUAGCCUAGAAUAUUGAUAGUAAGUUUUUAAUGACACUAAACGUGUUAAAUCACUUACCAAUGACAGGAUGUUUGUUAUCACCAGCACUGCUUUGUAAAUAGUCACUGUUAAUUGUCACUUUUUCCAUUCCAUUUCCCUCUGACUUCACUGCUUACAAUUCCUGCCUCCCCAAAGCACGUGCGCACCCACACCCACACACACCCUGUGUAUAUUUGUGUGUAUAUAUAAUAAAUGUGCAGUUGACAACUUAGGAUAACACUUAAUGAAUAUGAGACUUGGAUACUAGCCCACAAAAGCUUCUGCCAUAAUAACCUUUUUAGUCUUUAAGCCUUCUUCUGGCACACAACUGACCCAAUCCAUCUCACCCCCACUCCCAGGCCCCUGUUGGUUAAAGAAAAGCUGUGCAUCAGCAAACUAUGUGGCAAAAGUCUAGUUUGGCCUGAACAACAAGAUUUAACAGUGCAGUAUUACACAUGGCUAUUCAAAUUUAAGUCCCAUUGAGUGGAAUCGAAAAUAACGCUAAAAUCAUCUCUGUUUGAGCAGGUGAAUUCGUAACUCUGCUUUGGGCACAUACUGUAAAAUUGAUAUCAUAUUAUCUGUACUGAUCAUGUCUGUCCCUGUUUUACAUACCCUUUGAGGAGAGAGAUGGAGCAUUCAUGUGCUCUAAAGGGGUCUUACCAGCACCACCUUUUUCUCUAGUGUUAAAUGCUUAAGACACAAUUCACACACACACACCCCAAAUGGAAACCAAUAAUUGUGUGUUACCAUCUCUUUGGAAUUGUAUUUAAGCUGCUAAUUGUGCAUGUACUGGUAACCAUUGGACAUUUAGGAGAAAAAAUGAGGGAAAAAACCCCUCAGGGGUUGUUUGUUAUUUAACAAAGAAAAAGUAAGAAAACUGAAGGGCCCUGGAAGGUUCAGGGACCUAAGCUCCCUUGAAUGUGCCAAAUGUGCCUUAUUUUACAGGGUUGCUGGCUCCAUACCACCAUGCCACAUUCACUGUUUUGUGGCCCUUCUCCCCCUUAUACCUCACUGUACUUCACAUGCAGAUGCAACAGCCCCAGAGUCUUCCUUGCCUCUGUGGUUGCUGCCUGAUUUAAAACUUUCUGGAGAUGGAAAUAUUUACAGGAACAGAAACGGGGGGGGGGGGGGUAGGAAGAGAAGAGAGAGCUCCUAUCCAUACCCAGUAGAAUAAAGCAAGGGUUUCAUUCAGCUCAAUUACAGUUAAAAUCCUGUGGGAUUUAUCUGAUUGGGAACAUGCAGUAUAGCUAAUUCAGAUUCUCUCUGUCCACCAGCAUCUGCUCUCGUCUCCUGAGGAAGGACAGGACAAGGGAAAGGGGGAGCAGAGCGAAGGCCUCUCUGCUGGCUAGGGCUGCCGGAUUAAAUGCUCUCAAAGAACUAUGGAGCUCGGGUCUGUUGUGUGGAUUUGGAAAAACAGGAAUAAAGGAAUGUUCCACUGGAAAUAACAAACGACCCUUUAAAAUAAGGGACCUCUGGCAACAGCAGUGCAGUGAGAACAAACAGCAAGAGACCCAAGCACUUGGGUUAAUAAGAGUUUAAGCAGCAGGCUACUGGGGAUUAUCUCCUUGCUACACACCACAACAAACUGUGUGUUCCACAGAUCAGCGGUGGUGGGGUGCGGGGGUGGUGGUGGUGAGAGGCAGUCAGGACGCCUGGGUUCUAUUUGUGGCUCCAGCUCUGUGUGUGUCCUGGGACCUGCCUCCUAAUCCGAGUGAUUCAGAUACUCCAUUUCUAAAUAAGGAUAAUAAUGUGGGUCUGUAUUGGAGAGAGAGAGAGAGAGAGAGAGAGAGAGAGAGAGAGAGAAGCCAUGCAGAGUAAAAUUCUGCAAAGGUGCUUUGAGAGUGCCAGGUGAGAACCACUACUGUAGUUCUAAGAGGCUGAGAGAGACUUUCCCCAGCAUCUGCUGUUAUUGGAGGUGGUCUAACAGUAGAACUGUGGCUCACAGCAAGGUAACUCUAUUGACAACAAAAGGAAUUCCAAAACAUUUCAAGCUGCAGACAGCUUUCUUAAAAUAUAAGUAGUAAAAGGAAAAUAGAAGGAAGGGGGGUAUGUAUGGACAUAUGUGUGUGUGUAUGUAUGUAUGUAUUUCACACUUUCGUAAAAGUAUUUCAAGGCAGUAUACAGAUUACAAGAUUAUAAUAAAAUCAAUAAACACAUCUAUUAUGACUGCCUCCAGCCAAGACAGACAAAUCUGUCAUCAAGAAUCUUGUUGACUCAUAAUUAUUAGUUAAAAAAAUUACUGAGCACUGUCUAGUGUCAAAAGUAAAGGGGUUCUUCCUUCAUAUGCAAAGUCCGAGAGCCAGUUAUCUGGAGCAUACUCUUGGAGGCUCCUAAUCUCUCUAUUUUGUUGGAGACUUGUUUUAAUGUUUGAUGUUUUAUUGUAUUUUUUAUAUUUUGUUGGAAGCCGCCCAGAGUGGCUGGGGAAACCCAGCCAGAUGGGCGGGGUAGAAAUAAAUGGUUGUUGUUUUCCUUACUUUUUUUUUAAAGGAAGAGGGGCAAGAGAUGAACUUGCCUUUCAUUUGCAAAAUUAUCCCUACAUAGUUCAAUGCCAUUGAUGAAAUCUGCAUCUCAUUGAUUUAUACUAUAGGUAAGCGCCAGACAGCCAUGGGAUGGUUCAUAAGGGCCUGCAUGAGCCUAUUGCUGUGGUUCCCCUGAUUUCAGCCCCUGCCUGUCCCUUCAUGCUUCAAUGUGUCUCUUCGAAGGCUAAGAGGCAUUGCAGGGUACCCAGGCCUGAGCCAAGGUAUCCUUAGGAGAGGUAAACAUUUUGGGUGGGAUUCAUGGAAUUAAUUCCCUCAGCGGAAGCCCUGUGCUUGCACAAUAAGGCUUUCUCACCCUCUCCCUCACUGUGCCCCCACCAUAGCUGUCAACUUACAGAUUUGAAAAUAAGGGACCAGCAGCCUUGAAAAUAAGGGACCAGCAGCCAAAAUAAGGGACCUGCAGCCUCACCUGUUCCAGGCACUCCAGUCUUCCUGUCCUCCUGCAGUCUGGUCAAACUCAUGCUGGUAGCUUCGAGAACACUGUCCAACCAACUUUGUAACCAGAGGUUCAACUGACUAGAAUCUGAAUCACAUGCACCACAAGGCCUAUGCAGCCUCAACUUAAGAUGGCUCCCCGGCCUGGCUUUGCACUGCAAGGUUUGCAGCAGCACGUGCAACAAAAUGGCGUCCAGCAUUCAAAACCCCCCUCAGCUUGCAUUAACUAGCCACACACAAGGCAUGCAAGCUCCACCCCCCAGUCGUUCUUAGACUUCUUAUUGGGUGAGCAACACAGCCAAGCAACACAGUUGGAGCCCUGGCCGUCAGGGAGGGAGGGAGAGGAGCUGCUUCCUUUGAAAUUUAAGGGACAUCAUUUAAGGGACAUCCAUCAAUAAGGGACAGCCGCGGGACAUGGCGCUGGAAUAAGGGACUGUCUCUUCAAAUAAGGGACACUUGACAGCUAUGGCCCCCACUCCCAAAAUUUUGAUAGCAGUUGACCAAAGCUUAUUUUGAAAACCCAAGUUUCACUUUUCAGUUGCACUAUAACAAAUUCUUGGAUCCUAAUAUAACUUGUCUCUGAUGGCAGUUUCCUCAUUUAUGUCUAACAUCCCAUUAGAAUCACGGCAGAACUGACGCCAUUUAACUCCAGCUGUUGUCACCAACUCAGAAUCCCCUAGUAAAGGUAAAGGGACCCCUGACCAUUAGGUCUAGUCAUGGCCGACUCUGGGGUUGCGGCGCUCAACUCACUUUAUUGGCCAAGGGAGCCGGCGUACAGCUUCCGGGUCAUGUGGCCAGCAUGACUAAGCCGCUUCUGGCGAACCAGAGCAGUGCACGGAAACGCCGUUUACCUUCCCGCCGGAGCGGUAUCUAUUUAUCUACUUGCACUUUGACGUGCUUUCGAACUGCUAGGUUGGCAGGAGCAGGGACUGAGCAACGGGAGCUCAGCCCAUCGCAGGGAUUUGAACUGCCGACCUUCUGAUCGGCAAGUCCUAGGCUCUGUGGUUUAACCCACAGCGCCACCCAAGUCCCAUCAGAAUCCCCUACUACCUCUGUAAAAAGGGCAGGAGGGCCGGAACGUACCAGCCCCCUGCUCUUUGGUCUCUCCUCCCCUAGUCAAAGAAUCCAAACUUACUUUGCCUUGGGAGAUUAAGAGGACAGGGAUGGGUUAUGUUUACCAAAGCCAGGCAUCAGUGGCAGCAGGCCCUGUGAGAAUGAUGGUGGCCAGAAUCUCCCCAGGAACAUCCUGUGCUGCUGGAGCAAAUGACCCCCAGAACAAAUCAGUUGUGCUGGGACUAAAAAACAUUUUUGUGUACCCUUUAGGCCAAACUAAAUGUGACAGGGGGUGGCUAUGCUUGUUUAUUCAUUUGUCGGGCACAUUCACAUCUACAAAUGGGGUGUGAGGUAGGCUGCUUUUUACAGCCAAAAAUGUGGGUGGGUGAGGGGAACUGAGCCUUUCCCCAUCUUACCUCCCCCACAUUCUAAGAAUUCAGCCCUGUCCAUGCGGAAUUAGUUUUGUAUCAGAAUGUGGCUGGGGAGAAAUGUGCCUGCAGUGAUGGAAAGUGUACAUGCUAGGGGUUCAUUUCACCCAUUUCAGAAAAAGUGGAUCCUAACACCCAUCCACUCCCCAUUUUAAAUGGGGGCCAGGCAUGUGAACAACAAACAUGGCUGCUCCCAUCAUGUCUUGAUUUGCCCCUGACUUGCAACACUUGAAGCUACUUCUUGUGACAGCUAUCAGCAUAAGGGAAUUUGAUUUGUUGUGUCUUUGGGCCGAAGCCCAAAAACAAUAGAGCACUCUACCAUAAUAAUAAAUUUGGCUGCAAAAUUAAAAAUUACCUGGCUUGACGUAUGGCUUUGUUCAGCUAGUAAUGAUCAGCAGUAUUAUGAAUUGAGCAAUAUUUCCCCCAGGAGUUCUUCCCUUGCUUGGAAUAUUAAAUAGGGUCCUGAGUAUGCAUGGCCAGUGUUUAGCAGACUGGCCCACUGCCUGCUGCUUUAGUAGGUGCAUGCACAAAAAUUAUUUAAUAUUAAACCUUUUAUUCUCAGCAAAGCUCUUAUUAAUUGGCAUAAACUAUGUAACUGCCUGGAUAACUUUCGUUUGGUGAGAAUCAUCUUCUAUGUUUUAGUCCAUGAUUUUGACUGUUUCUUGUAAAUGUUUAAUGUGGUUGCUGUCUGUCAUUUUUAACAUGAUCCUGAGUGUGUUGGGGAGGAUCUCCAGGAGGAUUUCCCACACUAUGGUUAGUAUUACGUGGUGAGUUCUGGGCAGAUGAAAGCAGUCCACCACACCAGGGGGCAAUAUAUAAUGGUGUGCAUGCAAGCAUCACCCUCAGUACACAAGCACCAACAUCACAGGCCAGUAGUGAGCUGUUGGAAAUCAGACAUGCUCCAGCACACAGUGAUGUGCUCCUGAGCACAUGCAGUCUGUUCAGGCCAGCAUUUAUCUAGCAGACACGAUGCACAUUAUUGCUCGUGUACACCCAAGAAUAAUACAUCCACUUGCCCAGAUGCCUCCAGAAGUCUCCCUUUACAAGCAAAUAUAGACUCAAAGUACAGCCACACAGCAGAGAAAUGCACAGUACAUUUCCAUGUAAAAUAAUUGCUUACAUGCCAUGCAAACUCUCAGAUACUGUAACGAGGCAUACACAUACCCCUUUGUACACAAGGUUACUUCUAUUUGCUGUUCUGCAAGACCUUAUCUCAAAGCAAAGCAAACAGUUUCAGGGAGGGUCUGCCUUUCCAUUCUAUCGAUUUUGUUUAACUCUCCCUAUUUCCCGCUGUCAACUCAUUAAAAUACUUUUCAAAUAAGUGUUUAAAAAUCAUUAGCAUCUUGUGCGACCGCCUCAUUUCCACAUUAAUAUUGCCAAUCAGGUGCCCAGCUGAAUUGCAUUCUGGGAAGCACGCCAGCUAUGGAACAAAAUGCUGUUCCUGUCAGACGCUGCCAGCUGUCAGCAGAGGCCUGCUCGAUCUGUGGAUUUCACACAGAGUCAGGAUGGAGGCAGAAACCUUUUCUGUGCAUUAAAUUAAAUAAAGAGCGAUGGAAAUCAGUCACAGCCAUGGCACUUGCCAUUCAGAAACAGAUUUUCUCAAGUACCUGAGCUGCAUAAGGGGGGAAAUGCUUAUCGCAUCACACAAUGGUAAGACUUCUGAGCCACAGACCAAGAGGAAGGAUUUUCAGUUUCUAGGAGGAAACAUAUUAUGUAGUUUGAAUAAUACUUGAUGAUGCCAUCUUUUACAGAGGGGUGUGUGUGUGUGAUCACUGCUGUCCCAUGGAAACGGCCGUCCUCCCCACUGGUUUUAAUGAGCAUUCUAUGUAACCCUUAAUGUGACUUACCUGCUAUGUUCCUUCUCCAUUAUCAGAGGCAGUGCGUUCCUGAAUAACAAGUGAGGAAGAGUACAGUUCCUGCUUGCAGGCUUCCCAUAGGUAGCCGAUUGGCCGCUGUGAGAACAGGAUGCUGGACUAUACGGGCUUGAUUCAGCAGAACUCUUUCUAUGUUUUAACUUAUCAGAUAUGGGAAGUCUUUUGGCACUAUUGGUUUAUCAUGUACUGAAUUCCCAGUAGGGUGGAACAAAAACCUCAUGGUUCACCCUUCAUUAUUCAUCUGCUAAUGGGACAGAAGGUGAGGCAUGAACUCUUGAUCUUAUGUAGUAAAGCCUCAGAAUGUAUGUUGCAGUGAGAUCCAGUUCUGUGUCUCAGGAGGAAUCUAAUCUCUCUCUCUCUUUCUCUCACCCCUGCCCCACCCCUCUUUUAAGAGGAGAUAAGCAAACAAAAACAAGGUUUUGAAGUUCCAUCUUGCCACAUGAGAACUCCGGAGCGCAACCUGCUGGGAAUUUUCAUCAGAGUAUUUGUGUGCCAUAGAAAGAAAGGACAUGGACUCUGUACUCUUCUGCAAGUCCAUGCCAGUCUGAGGUGUUUUUAAUGUGUUUCAUGCCUGCCUUAUCAUUGCACAAUUACUUUUGUGGUGACAUUUACUCCUGACAUUUCCCUGGAUCAUCACAUCUGACCAUUUAUGGAAAUCCAAAUUAUAAUAGAUGGGCUUUUAUAAUUAAAGACCACAUAGGAUGACAUAAGUGAAAAAAAACAAUUACCUCAAAAUUACAUGCAAUUUCCUAGCGGCACAGCAAACAAGAACUUCUUAUCACUGUGGGUGGUAGACUUGCUAUCACUUGCAGUUUUCGAAAUUACAAGUCACUGUCAUUCAAAAAAAAUAAAUCCUUUGAGCCAUCAAGAAUCCAGCAUACUGUAAAUUCAGGAAAGAAUUACAAUGGUUGUUUCUCACAUUAAAAUUCCUCAAUGACAAACUAGUACUGUCUUGUUUCUUCCAGUUUGUGGGUAGCUUAAACUACAGAUGAUACUUUGGCACCUUAAAAACACAAAAGGCACCUUAAAAACAAAUUUAUUAUGGCAUAACAAUGUGGCUACAGUCCACUUUCUCAGAUGCAUGAAGUGUAGUCCUGAGCUAUAGGUACAUCUUCACAAGACUGUAGCACCAUGUGGGUGUCUUUCUUGCCCCAAAGCUCUGUCCCUGAUGCAAGUGGUCCAGCUGCUUGUUCAGGCAUCCUCAUCCCUGAAGGAGGAAAAGGUUGGUGGCACAGAAGAAAUAUUCCAGUGGAACGGUAACAUGGCAGAUAGCUGGCAGCCCGGAAGUUGGGAUUAUAAAUUUAUAUGAUGCAGCUUAAUGCUAGAUAAAUAAGAUGACUCAGAUGACUUGUUUAACAGAGCACAGAAGUCACAUGGUAGUCAUUUGUAGUCCCUUGCAAAUCACUGGAGCAACAUUGAGAUUAGAAUGGUCGGAAUUUCACUUACAUUCUUCUAGCUGUCUUUCUAGGUUUCAAAGGACAACAUUACCUUUUCUCUUUAUUUAGAGGUUUGCAUAGCUGAAGAUGGAAGGUGGGCUGACUAGAGAGAGCACAUCUCUCUCUAGAACUUCCUGACAGUAAGAGCUGUUCGACAGUGGAAUUUGCUGCCAAGGAGUGUGGUGGAGUCUCCUUCUUUGGAGGUCUUUAAGCAGAGGCUUGACAACCAUAUGUCAGGAGUGCUCUGAUGGUGUUUCCUGCUUGGCAGGGGGUUGGACUCGAUGGCCCUUGUGGUCUCUUCCAACUCUAUGAUUCUAUGAUUCUAUGAUUCUAUGAUCUUUGAAUGAUGCUGCUUCCAGGCCCAUCUUGUGCAUCAGGAAACCUAGGGGAAUAGUAAUAGGAUGUGAGAGAUUGCUAAUAGCUUCCUUUAUGUUUACUUUGGAAAUGACUGGGUUUUUUUAAAGUUGACUAUAGCAGGAUGUGAGAGGUUGCCAAUAGGUUCCUGGAUGUUUGCUGGAUGUUUUUUUAAUUGGCAAUGGAAGAAAUGCUAAUGGUGGCUUGCUGGGAUGAAGGCAAGAAUUUGCCACAGUGCCUCAUGUUGGAUUAGGAUUGUUUUCUUUGACAGACACAGCCCUACCAUUUGGCAGAGAAAGACAGUGGACAUUGGGGUAGGAAGGUUUGGGAGGAUAAAGUUCUGUGUGUCACAUAGACCACACCUCCUCGGCUGCCCUACCACUCUCAGGUGUGGCACAGGGUGCUGUUCCAUCAUCAGCGUUGGUAAGAUUCAGUUGUACAUUGGAGGAGGAUGCAGGUGGCACUUUGUUCUUCAGGCAGCAAAAUGUCUUGGGCCAGCCCAUAUCCUGGAAGUGGUUGCAGGAGGCAUUGGAAAUGGCCAAGUACAUCCCUGUGCUUAUCACUCAGUGUAGCAUUAGGCUCUGCUAUAUACUGCUUUAGAAUACUUCGCUGUAGUUCCAUUCUCCUAAGGUGGCCACUGGAAGUCACUAGCUUCUAUUAUUUCAGAUACCAGGAAAUCUGUUGCUCUGCCUUCUGCUCUCUUGCCAGAGAUAAAGCUGUUCCGAAACAUUUUGAUGCUACUGAAAAGCAAUUUCUUCAUCUAAACGCCUGAAAACGCCUGCUUCAUGGUGAACAAACAAACAACACCCCCCCCAAAAAAAACCACCAUAAACAAACAAAGCAGUUAUGGAGCCCUUGGGAGAAAACAAAGAAUUAUUUGCUGCUGUGUACCUUUUAUCGUAGAGUAUAUGCAUUUAGAACUCAUAAACAGUUGCUGCAGAAGUUUAAACAGUACUUAUAGUUUGUUAUUGGAAUAGAAUUUAUUUUCUUAGAAGAGGAAAUGUGACAGGUAUCCAGAUAUGCAUGAAAUUCGGCACAUUUAGUGUCGAGAAUUAAUCUGCAUCUCAUUCAUAAAUUGCUAUAGAUGAUUGCCCUCAUUUGAGUUUUUUCUUUGGCUGAGAGGUAGAGUUAGACCCCAACACUUGGAGGUAUACUGCAAGUGGCAGCAAGACCAUAGAGUGGCAGCAGGGAACUUGAGGACCCACAAGUCAAGUGCGGCCCCCAGGACAUUCACCAGUCCUGCUCCACAACCUGCUUUGAGUUCUUUUGCCUGUCUUGAACAUGCCCUUGAACUGUGAUGGCAACUUUUGCUUGCUUGGGUAGAAGAAGGAGUGAUAUGAGGGUAGGUGUAUGUGUGUGUAUAGAAACUUCUUGCUUUUGUAUGGCUGCAGUAUAGCCUCCUCUCCAAAGGUGAGAGUCAAAGGUGAUGGCCCCACCCAUUCUUGCUUACGUUUCCCCCCACUCUUUCAUCUGGCCUUGCAGCCCUCUGGCCACGAGGAAGUGGAAAAGACUCUCUAUCCCUGCCUUAGAGUCCCUGAGUCCCCUUUUGCCAGCUGUAGUUCCUACACGCUGUACAAAGCCCGGAAAGGGAGCCAGGGAGAAUUCUUGCCUGCGGUGCAGAAGGACUCCGAGCAACCUAUUCCUGGUCACGGAGCCUGUGGCAAAGUUUGGGAGCUGAGCUCCAAGUUCUUUUGCACAUCAGUCCCAGACAUUCACCUCAGUGUCAUUAUCCUCGUCCUGGCACACGAAGUGGCCCAUACGUUGUUCCAAUAGCAAGAUUGUUUUUAAGGCAUCACAGCAAACUUCCAAGAGCUGUGGGUGGCGGAGCGGAAGAAAAAAAGUCAGGGGUGGGGGGAGUUGGUAAGGAAAAGAGGCUGGAGGGGGCUGUGGGGGGUGCAGCCCUCCUCAUUACUUUGGGCAUGAACUGCCUAUAAAGAUGCUCUGUCUCUUGGAGCCGCUUCCCAGCUAUCGACCGGCAAGGGCUAUGAGCCCAAACAGAAGGCACUUUGUGCUGACUGCCAACAUAUCCGGCGCUCGCUGCUUUCACAGCCUGGCAGGCCUCUUAUAGUCUCUCCGGCUCCCCUCAGACUUCAGUGUCCUGACUAGCACGGAAGGCAGUUGCUGCCAGGCCCAGGUGGGCAGAACUUUUGUUCCCCCAGGAAUGUGUGGCCAAAGAACAACCAGGGGAAGUAUUUGCUGAUAUUUGCAUCUUCUGAUGAAGCGGGGUGCAUUAUUUUCCCACUUAAACCCUCAUUUCACUCCCUCCCUUUUCUCUGCCUAAUUGUCCUCUGUGAGUCGUAAGAACCAUAUAUCAAGCUCCAUAUAGGACUGGAGGAUCUGUUCUUAGGGCAAUGCAAUUGUUGUCACUGUUUUUGUUAGCAAUUUGCAGUGAUAUACCAUUCCUAAAGAGUGUGAAAAUGUUGUCUUCCCACACAAGCACUUGGAUCCCAAUCUCUUGCAACUGGACUGAGGAGUUGAAGUACAUCUGGCCUACAGAUGUUGGAGAAUUUAUUCUACUAAGAGGUUUUAAGGACAAGCUGUAUAACCUGUAUAAUCUUGGGGGGUGGCGGUUAAGUUCUGAUAGCAAAAGAUUUUUUUGACCUUGUUUUGAGACCUCUCUCCAGUCCUGUAAUUCUCUGCGUCUCAGAAUUCUGAAGAGCUCUCUGCUUGUGUGCUUGAGGGUGAUGUGUAUAUAUGUAAACAGAAGACUCUUCCCUAAAGUCUUGCACCAGUAUAGAAGACAUGAGGGGGUAGGACCCACAUCUGCCUUGUCGCUUAUGGAUUAUGUUUUGUUGCAUUCUGUGCUGUGAGACAUAAGAUGUGACUCAAAAAGAGAUGUAACCGCUUAUGGCAAAGACCCAUCACUUCAGUGGUAGAGCAUCUGCUUUGCUUGUAGAAGGUCCCAGUUUCAAUCCCUGGCAUCUUUAGGUAGGGCUGGGAGAAACCCUGGAGAGCCACUGCCAGUCAAUUGUAGGCAAUACUGAGCUAGAGGGACCAAUUUGCCUGACUUGGCAUAAAGCAGCCUCUUCUUGUCUUCCUAAGCCAGGCUACAUAAUCUCAGAGCAACUGAACCAGCAACUGUGUCUUCAUGCUGAGGGAGAACUCACACUGGGUGAACUUCUCAUUCAGCUUUUAAAGGAUAGGGUUAGGGACUGGCAUCCUUUAUAUGAGUACUGGCAAAACUAAAUGCAGCACCUUGUUUGAACCUGCAGUACUAGGGAAAAAACUUCACGAGAAUGCAUUGGACCCUCUGUUACGGUUUUCUCAAAUGUACGAAGAAGCUAAUCGUGCCAUUUCUCCAUCAUUAAGGAGGGCCUCUAAUUAUUGGGGCAAGUGUGUGUGUGCCCUGUGUUUGGAUUGCCUGUAGAGAUAGGAUUUCCUUCCUAAUCACUGCCAUUUCCUUCUUCAAUUGCUGCUGCCAGUAUUCUGCAUCCUUUUGCAAUAAGUUGAGCCCACAGGCUUCUGCAAACACGUUUCUUGUCCUCCUGUCUCCUCCGCCAUCACCUUUCCUAGAUGUUGAAUCCCUCUCUCCUUCCUUUGUGCUUCAGGCACAGGAGUUGGAGAUGCUGCCAGGGCAUCAGGUCAAGUGCUUUUGUCAGUUUUGGUUCAGUUGUGACUGUGAACUCCCAAGGGCUGAGGCUUGCUCUGCUCACAAGGAGGGAUUUCAGGAGCUCAAGUCUGCUUAGCAUCUAAAAGGAAGGUUAAGAGGUAACUUGGUUACAGUGAAUAAGGAGAAAGUACUAAUGGGCAUUGAUGGGGAAACUACAAUGGCAGCACCAAACAUGAAAUCUGCACAGGCCCCUCAUGAGGCACAACUCUUAUCAGUGAGCGUGAAUUAAGCAUUGACACAGAUUGCAAGAGGAUGGCAUCGAGUUUCUGUUGAAUGCCCAUUGGACACAGGACCCGCCUAGGCUUAUUGUCUGUACCGAGCAUGCAGUGAGGUUAAGCAAUCCUACUAUGCUCCUCCCUAGAUGCAGCUGCACGAUCACAACAUCUGACAGCUUCUGUGACUGUAGUGUCAUGUUCUUUCAACCCACCCCUCCCGGCAAUUCCGGUCCCAAUUUCCUGUCACUCAAACUCACCAAAGGCACACCAAAUGCCUGAGGUUCAUAUCUGUAUCAGAAUGAUUGCUUGGAAAGUGUGCGGCAGCUGAAAGAAGCCCAGAAAAUGUGAGAGUUCCUGAAAAUGCCGCACAGAGUUGAUGUGUAAAUAGGGAUGUGUGAGGAAUGAAAGGUCUGCUGGGGUCCCUUGUGGGGGUCAUGAGACCUACCUGCACUCAAAAUCCACUGUCACCCAUGUCGGAGCUGGGAGUUAGGAGUUUGUCCAACUACCUGGAAAAGGAAAGUCUGUCGGUAUAUCCAGCCAGCAGAGGCAUACCUAAGGGUUGUUGAAACCAGUGCCCGCAAAAACCACCUAUCAGUCUAUGGAGUGUAUGAUGUAUAUAUGUUUGUGGUGAUGUGACACCACUGUUGCAACAAGAUCGAGCAUGGCAGAAGCUUCCUGUCCUUCUCACACCGCAGUACAAAGACGUGUGAAUCCCCCCCUUCCUCACCUGACCCCCACUCUCAAUGCUUUGAGUAAUGGAGUCGUGUAAAAAGGGGCUGCAGGUGUGCCUUGGGGUUUUUCUAACCCUGGCAGUAUUGUUGCAUAGGAACUGGGAGCAGAAAAUGGGGUGCCCUACAGAGAAUGAAGGGCUGUUUCUUGAAAAGCAAUGUGAAAGGGCUUAUUUCAGUUCUCCCUUCUGCUAAAACUAGGGGGAACAAAAAGCACAAAAGUUGUUUUCGUUUGCCUUGUUGGGGUGGGUAUGUUGACAUUUUAGGAGUCUAUGUCAGUCACAAACAAUCACAGUUGAGGUUGGCUUAUUUGUUACCUCUGGGCAUCCAAACAUUUCCCAAGUCUGAUCUCUACAGUGACAAAAGUAGAUUAGCAGUGCAAUCCUAGACACGUCUACUCAGAAUUAAGCCCUGCUGAGUUCAGUGGGACUUGCUCCCGGGUAAGUGUGUGUUUCGGAUUGCAGGCUAGAUCUUUGGCAGGAAUCCCCUUAACAUUAUACUGAUACUCUAUUCUGGUGUUCCGUCAUGUUUUGCUGCAUUUGCUCUCUUUCACUUUCAACCACUGGUUCUCUCAUCUCUCUAUCAGUUGAUUUUGUGCCCUGGAAAAAGUCAAAGGAAGGGAUGUGCGUGGGAACUCAAGCUUGUUACCCUACUGGAUUCUUAAGUACAAUGGAUUGAAUCACAAACUUGGUUUGUUGGAAAGGAUGGGGUUGGUGUUUUGCUGCUUAAACUAUUGUUAGCAUCUAUUUGAUAUGUUACAAGGAGGUUGCAAUUAGGACAUCUGAAAUGAGUAACCGGCGGUGUUGAAUAACAAAAUAAGCUCAGAUUUAAUUAUUUAUUUUGCUUUCUGUUCCAUUGGCAAACAAGACCAGGGUUUGGGAUGUUUUUGAUCAUCAGAAGGUGAUCCAAGAGCACUUAUCUCCCUUGCCCAUUCAUGCUUUGUUUCUGCUUUUUUCUGGUACUGACACCCUUAAACAAGUAUGUGUAUAAGACAGAGAGAGACUGUGGAGCAAGAAAUAGAACUAUUUAACAGCUUGAGAAAGUUGUUUAUUUUGUUUUGUUUUCUUUUUUCUUUUUUCUUUUUUGCAGAGCUCUUCCUGUGCCUCUUGCAGAGUUUUCUCAAAUGGUACUGAUUUUUAAAAUUUUAUCUUUGUCACCAGGAGAUCAGACAAAGAUUCCCAGAGUCAAGCCACUGGUUUCUCUGUACUCUUAAAUGCCCAAUAAAGCAGAAAUCAGUUUUGCCAAACAAAAAAAAAGCUUUGUUAGCACAAUUCUUUCAAAAACCUUUGCAGGUAACUAUGUCAGAUAAGCAUAAGAAGAGCUGGUUUCAAAUCCCUGCUUAGCCAUGAAGCUCACUGAGUGACUUUGGGCCAUUCACUGUUUCUCAUCCUAAAUGUACCCCGCAGGGUUGUUGUGACAAAAGGGCAGAGGUGAGAAAGAACCUGAGGUCCUUGGAAUAAGAGUGGGAAAUGAAUGCAAAACACAACACGUUGUUGUUUAGUCGUUUAGUCGUGUCCGACUCUUACAAUGUCUUGAAAAGAAAAGAAUUAGGCUAGCAUUUCACAGGAAUCAUUUGGCAACAGAGGGAAGAAAAAUGGAAGACCCUGGGGUGCUUCAGGAAGAGACUGGCAAUUAAUUUUCAAUGAAGAAUCACCAAGGACUAGGCCUUUGAUCAAUCUUAAGAGAAUGUUGCAGGCGUGUACAGUCUGCUUUUCCUUGAUCACUGGUUUAACUACACAGUCCUCAAGUAUGUGGGGCUACAGUGGGCUGGCCAGGUCAGGAAGCAUGACUUUUGCAACACUAAUUUUAAAAAUUAAACACUAAGGGGAGUGAGCCAAGUAUCUUUUCUGCUCCUGAGCCCGGUCAGAUGUAUGGCUGCGGUCAGAGAUGAAGUUGCCAGGAGAUUUUCUUUUUCUUUUUUAAAUAAUAUUUAUUGAUAAUUUCAAAAUUACAAGAAAAAUAAAAAAUAAAAAACAACACUACAAUACAAAAAAAGAAAAAAGAAAAAGAAGACAAUAAAAAAAGAGAAAAGCACACGACAAUACAGCAAUAAAAAAGAAAAAAAGAAAAAAAGGGAAAAAAAACACAAAUCCCAAAUUGCAUAUCCAUAAUUUCCAUUUGCUUGUUUCAUUGACCUCCUCACACCUCCGUUUUUGUAUUCUAGUUUAGUAAUUAUUUCAGCAAAUUCUUUCCAUCUUUCUCAAUUUUUGUUAUAAAAUUUAUCUUAACAAUUUAACCUAAUAAUUAACUCAACAAAUCCUUACCAUCUUUCCCCAUAUUCUAUUAUUCAGAUUACCUUAAUUUAUUUAACCUUAUCUUACCCCUAAGUGCCUUAAGACUUAAAUCUUAAAUUUCAAAUAUACAUAGCUCCUGAUAUCAUUUCUGCUAGAGUCGUAUAGUUUCAUUCCCACAUUUUCCCUAAUAUUCAUUAGCUGAUUCUAAAAUAAAAAAAAAUUCCAUUAUAAAUUCUCUUCCAAUCAUCAUCCAGCGUCUCUUCUUCCUGGUCUCGGGUCAUGUCAGUCCUUAUUGUCCAUUCCAUCUAGUCCAUCAACCUGGAAGCCUUAUGUCCGAGGCCCUUAAAUCUCUUCCAUGUCCCUUCUGCAAUUCUUCUUCAUCUUGUUUGUGCUUGCCCUUUUCCUUGUCUCUUGUUGGUCUCUGUCUUAGUUUCUUUCCUUUCUCAUUGAGGAGUAGGUCUCUGGGGGAUUCCAACCCAAAAUUGUCUCCAUCACCCUUCAUCCAGCUCGCCCGUUCCCCACAGUCCCACUCCCCACAGUCCUCGAUAUAAUCCAAAAUGAAUUUAAAAUCAAAUUUCAAGAUCUCUCCAAAGCUAGGAACCUCCUCAUCUCCAGACUCCCCUUGGCCCACUCCAACUUCAGUCUUCAAUAGCAGCGGAUUAUGCUCCUGUAGGGCCUCGGGUCUCUCCAUUUGUACUAUUUGAGGUGCAGCCGCAUCCUCCUCCAUUGUCAACUGCACUUGCCCAGUCGGUACAGAUUGAUAGGUUGGUUCUUGGAUGAUUUCUGUAUCAAUGUUAUUAACCACAACAGUCAAAUCCAUUUUCUUAUUCAUCAAGUCCAUCUUUUCAUGCAUCUGUUCCAGCAAAGCAUUUGUCUUGCAUAGAGCAAGCAGCCAGUCUUUCUCCCAGCUCAUCUUUGUUCAAGGUCAGAAAAGACUGUUCCCACAGUCUUAAUCUCACAGAUGUUGGGUCUCAAAUAUGCUGCAACAACAAUUUAGCAAGCUCCCUCUAGUGGAGACAAUCUACUUGUAUCCAUUUUUUUUUUAUAGACAAAGGAAAGUUACUUUCAUUUUUCAGAUAUUUCAGACGUUUUUCAGAUAUUUUGUUUCUUUAAGAUGCAAAAGGCAACAUUAGAAUCAACUUGUUUCUCUUCAUUAGCUAUCUGUCAAAGUGUUACGUUCACAGUCAAUGAACCUCUCCAACAGUUUCUGUCUCUGACACCCUGUUCCCAGGUUAGAGACGGUGGAAACUUAUCCUUCUUCACUCCCUCUCCUGCUGGGGUUAAACAGAGUCCCCCCCCUUUUCUCCUGCUUCCAAGGGGGGUUUCAGUGAUUCUAAAUGAAGGAAAUUUAGUCCUUUUUUAACAGCUUCCCGGCUUUAGCUUGCAAAAUUUUUGCUUUAAUCUAUAUACAAAAAAGCGGAAGGCGGACUUCCUGUUUGCACCUUCCCGCUUCGAUACCAAAUUAAAACAAUUUCUUGAUCCAAUUUUCCGUUUCUACUCACGGGUACUUGUUUUAAGUCCAAUUGUCCACAGGAAAAAGUCAGCGCUCUCUGGCAAUGGCUGUGCGGCUUCACUCCGUGAAAGUAGCAGUCAGUUUGUAGCACCGCGCUUCUCAGCCCACUUCGCUCCGGAGCCCCUAGAUGGGAUUCCCCGCGAGUAGGGGGGCGCUUCUGGUGCCCUGCCGAACCCCACGUUCCCAGGCUUCCUCCGUCUGGGAUUUCUAGCGGGUGCCCACCUUCGCCGCGGCGGGAAGACCCAAUUUUCACGGAGCCCGUUCCUCCAGUCGGAGGAACUCCGCCAUUCACCAAUGGCGCUGACCCGGAAGUCGAAGUUGCCAGGAGAUUUUCUAAGCGUGACAUUUAGAGCUACACUUAACUCUAUGGGAAGCUUGCGAAGGAGCCAUUUAGACAGGCGGGGGUAAGUCUCAUGUAAGGACAAGCACAGUGAGGGGAGGAGCAGGUGUCAAAGCGGCAAGGGAAAGUAAGGUCGGGAACAAACCAAGCUCUGGAAAGAUUGCAAGGACUGCAAACAUCAUCAUCAUUAUUAUUAUUUAUUAAAAUUUGUAUGCCGCCCUUCAUCCGAAGAUCCCAGAGUGGUUCACUACAGAAAAAUACAAAAUGAGAAUACAGAGUAUGUAAUAAAACAAAAAUAAAAACAAACCAAUAUUAUUAUUUAUUAUAACACUGCAGAUGCUUGCAGCUAGGAGGGUGCAAGGAAGGAAGAGGAUGUUAUUGGGAGUGGGUAGGAGCAACGCCUAAAGGGAGGGGAUGGACACAAGACAAACAAGGGCAGUACACACUACAAGCUCCGUGGGGUCCUUCGGCAAUAUGGCAUCACUGGGACCCCCGUCUUUCUACUGCCCGUCUGCUUGCUCUCUCCCUCUGGGCCUGAUCUUCAUCAGGCAGAUGGAGAGUGGUGCUGCUUCUCCUUGCUUUAGUCACAGCCUUCACUUACUUGGAAGAACAAGAACGAGGAGCAGGACCAGGGAUCUCUGGAGAUCAGCAGCAGGCCCCCUGGUGGAAUAUGGGCCUUGGCAAGUGCCUUAUCAUGCCGGCCUCUGACGCCUUCCCUGAACAAGGGUGUUUGGGCCCGGGGAAGCAGAUGGCCUACAAAGAAAAUGCAGUGAAAGGCAGCCCCAGGGAAGGAAUGACGUUUCUUGUGGGCAGGAGGUCCUGACACUCUUACAGUGUCAGGGUACAUGCAGUGCAGAUUGUAUUGCAGUGGGGAAUUGUGAGAGCAACGUCACACUUGGGCUGUUUGAUGCUCAGGUUUUUGAAGCCUUUCUCUUAUCUCUGUGAUUGGUGGAAAGAGCCCAAAUGAAUGAUGUCAUGGUUGCGAUUAGCAUCUCCCAAAGCUGAAGAUUAUUAUCGGGUGUAUCUUGAAUUUGUUGGUACACUGUGUGCAAAGAUAGAAGUAGUGGAAUCUCACUGAGAUAUACCAGCAGGUGGAAGAGUGAGAAGCUAGCCAGGGCUCUGAUGCUCCAAAGCUGGGCUAUCCUACAAGGUGGCCUACGGAAGCAUAAAGGAAGAUUUCCCCACUCACAUGUUAUCUCUCUCACCAUCCGCUUGCUACACCCAAACCAGCAUCAACAGUACGGAAUGCAUUCAUUUGCUGGUUAGAAAAGAAAUUUAAGUGGUUGUCAGCCAUUUCUAGCAGGACCGUUCUGGAGUGAUCCCAAGUGGACAAAAUUUGGACAAUGGCUGGUUUUUAGGGAGUUCCGUAAUUCUCAUUAAUAAUCUUGUGACUGAGACUUUUGCAAUCUUACACACAUGCCUGCCAUCCUUCAAUGUAUACAGCAAUGCCUGAUUUUCUUUCCUGUGCUGGACAUGUUCAAUUCCUCUAUGCCAAAUCUUUAACAGCUUUUUUUCAUCGGGUCACAUAUCUGAUUUGAUGGGUGUUUCUUUGCAGACACAGCACUGCUAAGGAGACCGCCGCUCUGUGCAGAUUCCGUCUCCACGUUGUAUAG